UCCCCCAGGCUGGAGCACAGUGGCGCAAUCACGGCUUACUGCAGCCUCCACUUCCUGGCCUCUAGCAAGCCUCCUGCCUCAGUACCCUCUACCCCCUUGCCCAGUAGCUGGGACUACAGGUGCAGGCCACCAAGUCUGUCUAAUUUUUAUGUAUUUUUUGUAGAGAUGGGGUUUCGCCAUGCUGCCCAGGCUGGUCUCAAACUCCUGGACUCAAGCGAUCCGCCCAUCUAGGCCUCCCAAACUGCUGGGACUACAGGUGUGAGCCACUGCGCCUGGCCUGAACAUUUCACAUAAAUGUAACCAUACAAUAUGUGGUCUUUUGUGUCUAGUUUAUUUUAUAUAACUUAAGGGAAAGCUUCCUCUUUGCCCUCUGAAGGAUCACUGAAAAAACAACUGAUGAAAGGCAGAUUAAUUGGAGAAAAGGCAUAUAAAUUUAUUAACAUGCACGUGGGGGAGUACUGCAGAGUUACCCUAACCUCCCAAUGGGGUAUAAGAGCUUACAUACCAUCUUUUUUUUUUUUUUUUUUUUUGAGACAGGGUCUCACUCUGUCACCCAGGCUGGAGUGCAGUGACACAAUCUCGGCUCACUGCAACCUCCACCUCCUACAUUCAAGCGAUCCUCCUGCCUCAGCCUCUUGAGUAGCUAGGACUACAGGUGUGUGCCACCAUGCCUGGCUAAUUUUUGUAGUUUUUGGUAGAGAUGGGGUUUCACCAUGUUGGCCAGGCUGGUCUCAAACUCCUGACCUCAGGUGAUCCGCCUGCCUCCGCCUCCCAAAGUGCUGGGAUUACAAGCAUGAGCCACCAUUUCUGGCCCAUACCAUCCUGAGGUUACAAAAUGAAUGGGGACUCAGAGCAUGGCCAAAAACAGGUUAUAGUGGUAAGCAGGUUUUAGUGGCAAGACACCUUAUGGGAGGGGGAAAAGAUGAGGCCUGGCUAGCAUAAGUGGUCUUGUUAGGUAGAUGAAAUCUCACAGGUAGCAGCCCUCAGAGAGAAUUGAUGGUAAAUACUUCUUUUCAACCUUUAAAGGUGUCAGAGUCUCAGUUAAUCAUUCCUAAAUCUAAAGAAGAGAAGCCCCACAUCAGUGAAGAUUUUAUCCACAGAUGCAAAUCUCUCCCACCAAAGACAGCUUUGCAGGGCUACUUCUGUUUGCAAGGCCCUUUGAACAGCUGUCUCAAAAUAUGUCAAAGAAGGAUAUUUUAAGGUGAAAUAUUUUUAUUUCUUUCACUAAUGUGUAUAAGUAUUUCAUUCCUUUUUAAUUGCCAAAUAAUAUGCACGGACAUAGAACAUUUUAUUUAUAAAGUCAUUGGUGCUGGGUAAGGUGUCAGAGCCCCGCAUCAAAGAGUGGUUGACUCGCUGCUCGCAAUGGCGCACGCCUGUAAUCCCAGCACUCUGGGAGGCCGAGGCAGGUGGAUCGCCUGAGGUCAGGAGUUCCAGAGUUCCAGACCAGUCCAACAUGGUGAAAACCCUUCUCUACUAAAAAUACAAAAAUUAGCCAGGUGUGGUGGUGCGUGGCUGUAAUCCCAGCUACUCGGGAGGUGGAGACAGGAGAAUCGCUUGAACCCGGGAGGUGGAGGUUGCAGUGGGCCAAGAUCGUGCCAUUGCACUCCAGCCUGGGCCACAAGAGUGAAACUCCGUCUCAAAAAAAAAAAAAAAAAAAAAAAGGAGUUGACUCAUGGGUUGGUAGGAAGAAUUUACUGACAACAGUAUAGGUUUGAAAAAGGAAAGUUUUAUUAGAAAGAAAGAACGCACUUUUCCAGCCCACACCCGGACCCUAUAGCCACCGAGAUGUUGAUGCCUAAGAAGAACUGGAUUGCCAUUUAUGAACUCCUUUUUAAGGAGGGAGUCAUGGUGGCCAAGAAGGAUGUCCACAUGCCUAAGCACCCGGAGCUGGCAGACAAGAAUGUGCCCAACCUUCGUGUCAUGAAGGCCAUGCAGUCUCUCAAGUCCCGAGGCUACGCGAAGGAACAGUUUGCCUGGAGACAUUUCUACUGGUACCUUACCAAUGAGGGUAUCCAGUAUCUCUGUGAUUACCUUCAUCUGCCCUCGGAGAUUGUGCCUGCCACCCUACGCCGCAGCGGUCCAGAGACUGGCAGGCCUUGGCCUGAAGGUCUGGAGGGUGAGCAACCUGCAAGACUCACAAGAGGGGAAGCCAACAGAGAUACCUACAAACGGAGUGCUGUGCCCCCUGGUGCCAACAAGAAAGCCGAGGCUGGGGCUGGGUCAGCAACCGAAUUCCAGUUUAGAGAUGGAUUUGGUUGUGGACGUGGUCAGCCACCUCAGUAAAAUUGGAGAGGAUUAUUAUGCAAUGAAUAAACUUACAGUCAAAAAAAAAAAAAACUUGAAAGAAAGAAAGAAAGCUGCAGAAGAGUGCAGUGAGGUGCCUCAGCAUGAGAAAAAGACAGGGUCUCACUCUGCCAUCCAGGAGAGAGUGCAGCAGUGUGAUCAUAGCUCACUGUAACUUGUAACUCCUGGACUCAAGCAAUCCUCCCUCCUCAGCCUUCCAAGUAGCUAGAACUACAGUGUACAUUCUAUUGAUUCUGCUUUUCUGGAGAACCCUGACUAAUAGAACAGGCUGCAGUGAAGUGGCACGAUCUCGGCUCACUGCAACCUCUGUCUCCCGGGUUCAAGCAAUUCUCCUGCCUCAGCCUCCCAGGGACCUGGGAUUUCUGGAUUCACCCGGUAUCCAGGCUCUCCCGGAGCGGCGCUUUGGCUGGCCAAGGCCUGGAGCAGAGUUUGUGCAGCGCUCCCACGGCCACCCGCCCGGGCCUGCCCCCGACACAUGCUCAGUGGAAUUCUCCCGUGGCAGCCCAGAGUCUCCGGAACGAAGGUCUCCACGGCCAAAGCCACGCAAGAGGCUCUCCUGCUCUCAUUUCCAGACGCACGCUCAUCCUUGGCCUCUCCCUGCCCCAGUUCUCUUUGACUCCUCCGGUCCUCAUUGCUGCUCAGCUCCAGGGCGCCUCCACCACCCAGGACAAGUCCCCUGACUUUACAGCUUACAGGCCCAGAAUAACAGAUGGCCAGAGGCAUCCCAUUCAAGACUCCCCGCCUCCUUCCUAGCUCCUCAGUCUCUCCUACCCCAAUGUGGUGGUGCCCAGGGAGGGGGUCAGAAAACCACAGAGGGCCUGUGGGAGGCGUACAGCUGGGAACAAGUGUGGGCUGGAAGAGGAGCCCAGUCUGUAGCUGAGACUCCCAGGGCCCCACGACCUUCCAGGCAGCCUCCACCGCUGCUGUGACAGGCAGAUGCCCGACUUUCCACCUGCUUUCUGACCUGGCUUUGGCAAGGCCUGGGCACCUGGCCUGCUUUCCCAGGAGUACAGUUACAGCAGCUGAUCUAGGGAACAGGUGUGGGUUCCGCGUCACAGCUGCUGCUGAGCACAUCUGUACCCACAAUGAGGAGGCUGCAGCUGCAGCAGGGCCUGUCAGUCACUCAUACUCUCCCCGGAGCUGGGCGGUGGGGACUGAAAGGGCCAGGGGUUGAGAGAAUCUGAGAUAAGCAUUCACAGAGCACCUUGCUCCUAGAGAUCCCAAAGUGUGACCCCUGACAAGGUUUUCCCAAAGUCAGCCUCGCUGGCACUAGCAGCGUGGGAAUUAGGGCUGGCUUCUCCCCUUCUGCCUUGCUUCCCAGCCCUUGGGCCACAGUCAGCUCCUCCUUCCUGGCUAGCUCAGCUCAGCUUUUGCAGGAUGGAACUCUGAAUCCUGGCUUCCAGUGGCUCUCCCAGAAAACUAGGAGGGAAGUGCUUGGAAGAAUGGCUCUUUAUUCAUGCAAAUGAUUUCUUGCCAUUUAAGAGCCUCAAACCACAAAAUCAAUUAAAGAGAAAGGGGGAAGAUUUGGGGGUCUGUGCCAGCCACUGGAUGCAAUGCUUUAGCUCCAUCAUCUUAUUAAAUCUUCCCAGCGACCUGCCACAUAGCUAUUAUCAAGAUCAUUUCUGUUUCCCAGAGGGGAAUUCAAGGUUACACAGUUAGGAUGCAGUGAAUCUGGGAUUUGAUUGCCAUCCUGACUCCAAAGCUUGCCCUCUGACCACUGGGCCACACUGCCUCAAAUCUCCCGUUCUCUGGUAAAUCCAACAUCUGAGCCCCAUUCUCUCCCUUGCAGGGGAUCACCUGCCUACCUCCACCUCAUCCAUUUCUCACCACAGCUGGAGUCACCUCUACAGCCUUUACCUCCAGUCAUAUUUGGCAAUUCACCCACUUCCAGCUCCUAUCAUCCUCCCCUACCCUCACCAAAGUGGACAUCGCAGCCUCUAAAUCUGAAUGGAGCUGACAUCUAGCACUCACCCUCUCGCCAGCUACCUCUGGGUUCCCCCACCCGGUAUUCCCUUUCCCUUCCUCACAUCCAAGCUUGUUCCCCUCAGGCCCUGUCAUGGCCUGAAAUAGUCUUUGCCUCUGUUUACCACUCUCCAGGGUCCCUCUUCACACCUACUUCUGCUUUCCCCUCUCAAGACACCUUUUCUUGGCAUUUUAAGACUAUUUACUGACUAUUUAUUGAUACAGGAAAAUGCUUACAGAAUGUAUUAGGAGUAUCUUACAAUUUUUAAAUAAUUACGUAUGUAAUACAUGAAUAGAUUCUCCUUGUAAAAAACAAACUCAAACACACAGAAAAAGCUAAUGACUCCCUUGAUGACUGCCAGUUUGAAGUGUUUUUCCAGACCUUAAAAAAAUAUACUUUCAUACAAGCAUGUGUACAUAUAGAAAGAUAUACUUUAAUGGGGCAUCUUUUGUCAUAAAUUGGAUCAUAAUGUGCAAAUUGUUUCACAACUUUUA